AUGCCUUCCCUCCCACAGAACGCAUCUUCAAAUGCAUUUGACUCAUCAAUUCUGACCCUUCAGGCCACUUUCUCCAGUGGCAUGACCUUGUUGACUACGGCUUCCACUGCCAACAACUUCCUCAGAGCUACAGAUGGCCCGUUCGCAGAGUUGAAAGAGCUUAUUGCACAACAUACUUCCAUCGAAGACAGGCCACAAUUCCAACCACUUGUCCCCCCCGAUCAAAUUGUGAAGGGGAUUGUGCAGAAAAUAUGGGGUCAUUCAUCUAUUGAGACAGUCGGAGAUAUUGGCGAUAUACUGGAGAAGGGACUCGUUACGGAUGAUUUGAGCCUCGAAGAAAAAGGGGAAGUCCCCCAAGAAGUCAUGAAGAGGUUCCGUUUACACAAUCCCACUGAAGCGGGCCAAACGGCUUGGCAAACAUGGCUUAAGCUUCACCCUGGAAUUGACAGUCAAGAAGCAGCAUGCCUGCGUAAAUUACAGCAACAGGAUAUCGAUAGGAAGUACCCUGACCAGGCAGAAGAAGCAAAAGCGUUCUAUGAUAAAAUUCUGAUACAUUGCGGGGACCUUGUUUUAUCGAAGGACGAGAGGGAGGCUCAACCAAAUGAAGGCCUUUAUCUGUUGCAGAAAAUAACGGGAAAAUAUGCUGCUCAGCUCGCUGCACUCAGCUCCAUUCAUCCUGUUGGGGUGGCGUUAGUGGGGUUCAUAGCAGAUGACAAGCUUGCCCCUCGGGAUUCGACUAUCGCAUUUACGAGCUCACCAAUGAUUGCGGAAAUGGUCAAAGCUAUGGGCCUACCCCUCACAGAGGAUAGUGCCUUAGCCAUGAGGAACUUCUACGACGGGAUAAAGGCAUUCAGGUACAAGGUUUAUGCAGGAAAGGCACAAAUAACUUACUCAUAUCCUUCCAGCCCAUAUCAACCCGACGCCAUUAAACAGAGAACCUUUCUUCAACAUCUUGGGGCGUUUACGAACCCCGAUAAAUCUACCAGCGAGGUGUUUGGUGCCUCAAGCCUCAUGAAGACCGUCGUGAUGCACAUGAAGCAAAGUGUCCAUUUCAGCGAUGAUCUGGACAGGUAUUUGGGAAAUGGAACGGGAAACACGGCCAUCAAAUCAGAGGUUGAGGGCGAUGCGAACAACGUGGAUUACCACACACCCGCAUUAAAAAGGAAGGAAGGCCUCGCCUUUGCAGACGAGACCUACGGCUCGCAUCCCCAACGCCGCACUGAGUGUGCUGGGCGGCUUAAAGCAAUCAUUCUGGAGGCAACAGGGAUAACUGAGCUUGGGCACAACUGGAGAGUCGCCAACAUACUUUCAUUCAUGCUUGAGCAUCGUCUCCGUUUUGUUGGUUGGCAUCGUGGUGUCCCACGCUUGAACAAGUCACUACCGUGCGAUUGGACCCCACGCGAGUCUGCACGGUGUAUAAUGCAGCUCACUCACCAGGAUCCGGAGCAGACGUUGAGGGUGGAACAAAUGACAGAUGACGAGUACCUGACGCGUGAGGUGCUACACUAUGCACCAGAUGCGAAAGGGAAUAUUACGAAAUACCUAUUGCCUGAACACGAGACAAGGAGGGCAAUUGCGAGGACAGCGGUCGUCCCCGCAUGA